AUGGCAGAUCCCCGCAUUCGGCAAAUUAAAAUUAAAACCGGCGUUGUCAAACGCAUUGCCAAAGAGAAAAUUGUGUACGAAAAAGAAGUAGAACAGCAGAGGAAUAGGAUACAAAAAAUUAAGGACGAGGGUCAGGACGAGCAUAACAUUAGGAAACAGGAGGAGGUUUUGCAGGAGUCGCUGAUGAUGGUUCCUGAUUGUCAAAGGCGAUUAGUAAAGGCCUUUGCAGAUUUAAAAUCAACACUAGAGACUGAACAAGACCUUAAGGAGCACGAAGAUUACAUAACAGCUGAGCAAGUCUUAAAAGACGCUGAAAGUCAGCUGCCUGAAACGGAC